AUGUAUUAUUUUGUUUGGGGUUUGCUGAAAGAAGCUAACGAACAAGCCAAGUUAGAGAAGAGACUGGAACAGGUCAAGAUUGCAGAGGUAAAACGCAUCAGCUCAUCAUCAUCAUCACGAGUGAAACAAGAUUGUGAUAAACUAAAUUCGAUGAGGGUGAUGAUGAUGAGAUCUAGGCAUGAAAGAGGAGAGUGUAUUCAAUGUGGAGGUAAAGGCCAUGUCUUCAAAGACUGUAGCAAGAAUCAAAGCAGGAAUGAAGAAGAAGCGUUACCUGAGUAUCAGAUGUUAGCAUUCAAUGUUGGUCCUGUGACAUUUGAUAAGGAUAUGUGGAUGUUAUACACCACCACCUCGAACCAUAUGACUCCGUAUGACAAGUAUUUCACUACUUUAGACAGAACACACAGAGCUCGGAUCAAAUUCAUCACGGGGGAUUCUAUCAUGUCUGAAGGAAUUGGAGAUGUCAGGAUCAUGACCAAGGAAGGGAAUAAGAAGAAGAAUAAGACGAUCAAGAAUGUGCUUUUUGUUCCCAAGAUCGACAGAAACGUGUUGAGUGUUGGUCAGAUGACACAGGCAGGUUAUGGGAUUGUAAUGACCGCUCACAAAUGCACUGUUGAGGAUCAGGCUGGGAGACUAUUUGGUGAAUCCAUGUGGGAGGAGAGAGGCUUUUUUCUGCGUUUGGAGGUGGUUGAAGGUAACCUCUAG